GUCUAUUUACAUUCUGGAAAGGCUAAGAACAGAAAAUGUACCUUGAGUGUUUUACUUCCGUGAAAGGUGUCCAAACAUUUCAGCAUGAAGUUUUGCAACAUAGUUAUCGCUUCGCUGUUUUUUAAUUGUUUUCUUGAAACUGACACAUGGCGAAGACGUCGUCGUCGCCGUCGAUCCUGCAGUCCUCGGAAUUGUGAAGUCAGUUUUUGGUCUUCUUGGAGCUCAUGUACUGCUGAACAAUGUGGACAACAAGGAUCACAACGACGGACAAGAUGGCGAGUAUCUGAGCCGAGUUGUGGAGGUUCAGAAUGUCCUACCUUAGAGGAAACACGGCAGUGCUAUGGUACACGAUCAGUGAACUGUCAGCUGAGCUCUUGGUCUGCGUGGAGUGCCUGCUCUACUUUAUGCGGCAUCUCUGGUAUUCAAACCAGUGCCCGUCAUAGAAUAAUCACCGAGCGUUGUGGUGGAAGUUGCUCGUCAACAUUACGGAAGACAAAAGGAUGUCAGGAGUUAAGCUGCCUCAACGGGGGAAGUUUAAAGCGUGAAACAUGCUAUUGUAAAGAAGGCUAUUCGGGACACUGCUGUGAGAAAGGUAAACCAGCAAUUAUAGAGCAGCAAAUUUUUCGCUUUAUGUUCCUUUACAUACUUUUCGUUUAUAGAUCUUGGCAGAGCCUGCUAAUAUAUACAGCCGUUUACUCUACUCUAUCUCAUCGCUCCUCGCCGUGGGGACAAUUUCGUGUUGGUAGAAGCAAUGAGAGGCUGUGUAAUCGCUAGCUAUUAAACUUAUCUAGCAACGUACUAUAACUUCGGAGCUUUUACGAGCAUCUGUAAAACCACCCGCUAAACUCUUGUUUGAAAACGAAGAAGAAAAUAUAAGUUCGCUUUGAUUCUCAAUAACACGGAACUCUCUGUCCGCGCUGAGUAUUUUGUUAGCCCGCUAUUGCCCGCUAUUGAACGUCUCGAAUAUUGAAAAUUAGGCGCAUUUUGCGAGGCUGUUAAAAUCAUGGUUGUUUCGCUUCAUCUGUCAUUGAAUUUUACACCUCUUUUUUUUAUGAAAGUAACCGUUAAUUAAGCUGAAAAGGCGAAUUGAAGCAAAAUAUGACCCCAGCUAAAUUUCGUGGGACAAAUUGAACCAAAACUCUCAUUUAGAGGCUCGUAUCUGACGUUAGAACCUAGGUGAAGUCCAAAUAGACCAAAAGGAAGUUCCUCUAUUAGUUAAUGAAUAUAAAAAACCUAAUCACAGUUUACAAUUUAAAAAACUACUAAACAAUUGUUUUUCAAACUUUCAGGGGAAGGAAAAGGAAAGAGUUCAACAGGGCUCAGCCAUGGAAAAAUUGCAGGAAUUUGUGUUGGUUGCAUCGGGGCGGUUGCACUAUGCUUUUUGCUUAAAUUUAUAAAGGACAAAUGCACAAAGGUACACCCUCAUUCUGGCGUUGUUAGCCGCUAUUGUAGCUGUUGUAACUGUUGUAACUAGAUACAUAAACUUCCAUAAAGGUUGCGGAGGAUGAAGUAUGUUUAAUGUAAACUGUAAUUAAACCAAAAAGGCCGUUUCGAGGCCCCAAGCAGGGUUGAGAGAAUAUAGUUCUUCAUCGUGCUUAAAGUAACAAGCCUGCUACCCAAACCUAUUUUGCAGAAACUCUGUUUUCAAUUCUACGACUGUAAUAUCCAAGAGAAAGUUCUCUGCCAAACAAUGGCUGUGCAUGUGCUGAAUAGGACAAUCACAGGACUUUUUAGGGCAUAUAGUAUAUUUGUGGCCCGAGUAGUAUCAUUUACGUUUGUUCAGGUAUCAUUCAUGCAACGAGGGAC